CCACUGGGCAGCAUUUUGCAGUAUCAUGGAGAUUUCCUGUACGCUCUUGUGGGAAAAGACUGCUUUUUUUUUUUUGUAUAUUACAUAGUAUCAAACAUAUUGUGGGUGCUAAAUCAACAAUAAUCAUGUCCACCUGGAAUUUUUCAUCCAUCUAACCAGAUCAUUCAGCUGCUUGACACUGCGCACAAGGAAGAAGAUACAACCUCUGUCCUGAGGAACAUGUAGCUAUUAAGAUGGACACAGAAGUGGGCUGUCUAAUCUAAGUAUGGAAGAGUUAAAUUCUCCUGUGGGACCUGGAGAUAACUGAUACCUGCACUCGUAUGAAUGAACUAUCAAGAACUGUCCACAUAUGAAUGCAGUUGCCUCGGAGAUGCACUGGAGGCCAAACAGCGGACACGAACUUUUAAUGAUGGAAGCCAAGGGAAGCAGAACAUGUGCAGCAUGCUGCAACUUGAGACAAAGGGCUGGGUGUGAGCAGACUGUGAGACAUGAUGGCUGUUGCCUAGGACAGGAGAGAUGAAAUCUCAGAGGUUUUGGAGAAGAAGGCAGGAACCCCUCCUGAAAAUGCCCUGCCUCCAGUCCUCAAGAGCGCACCUCUACGGACCACUAGAGAGGGUUCUUCAGUUGACUUUUGCAGUUGCGAUGGUACUCAAGGGGAAAGAUAGUCCUUACAAGAGACUUGGAGCUGAUCAUGAAUAUAAGUGAAGACUUUGACGUCAGAGUUGAGAUAUAUCAGCAGACCCAAUGGGGCAAGAAUAUUAAGUGCAAGUCAAUGCCAGCAAUCUGCCAACGUUAUUAGCAAUGUUAACCAAGGAAUGAAGCGUAAUCCCAAGGACUGGAAGGACUAGCACGAAAAAAAGGGGAAAGCUGAUCAGCAAGACUCAAACAAAGCGAUGCUCCACAACCCCGCAGCAGCUGCAGCCGCCAUGGAGGAGCAGCUGCGGCAGCAGCAGCUACGGGUCCUCCUCAAUGCCUCCUCCAGGCCCUUGCCCAGCAGCAGCAGCAUCUGGCCGUCCAACUCCUCUGCCUCGGAGCCAGUCACGGCGGCGGCUGCGGCGGGCGGCGGCGAGGCGGCGGGCGGAGGAGGCGGAGCGGUCAGCCCCUGGGACAUCGCCCUGUGCGCCACGGGCACGGCGGUGGCCUGCGAGAACGCGCUGGUGCUGGCCGUGCUCUUCUACACGCCCAGCCUGCGCGCCCCCAUGUUCCUGCUCAUCGGCAGCCUGGCGCUGGCCGACCUGCUGGCCGGCCUGGGGCUCGUCGUCAACUUCACCGUGCAGUACCUGCUGCAGCCGCCCAACGCGGCCGUGGCGCUCAGCGCCGCCGGGCUGCUGCUCACCGCCUUCUCCGCCUCGGUCUGCAGCCUGCUGGCCAUCACCAUCGACCGCUACCUGUCGCUGUACAACGCGCUCACCUACCACACGGAGCGCACGCUGAGCUUCACCUGCGCCAUGCUGCUGCUCAUGUGGCUGCUGUGCCUGGGCGUGGGGCUGCUGCCCCUGCUGGGCUGGAACUGCCUGCGGGACCAGGCCACCUGCAGCGUGCUGCGGCCGGUGACCAAGGACAACGCGGCGGUGCUGGCGGUCACGUUCCUGCUGCUCUUCGCCCUGAUGCUGCAGCUGUACUUGCAGAUCUGCCGGAUCGCCUUCCGGCACGCGCAGCAGAUCGCCGUGCAGCACCAGUUCAUCGCCACGGCGCAGGCCACCUCCACCCGCAAGGGGCUCUCCACCCUCUCCUUCAUCCUGGGCACCUUCGCCCUCUGCUGGAUCCCGUUCGCCAUCUACUCCCUAGUGGCGGAUUCCAGCUACCCCGCCGUCUACACCUACUCCCUGGCCCUGCCCGCCACUUGUAACUCACUCAUCAACCCGGUCAUUUAUGCCUUCAGAAACCCGGACAUCCAGAAGUCCCUGUGGCUGGCCUGCUGCGGGUGCAUCCCCUCCACCUUCUCCUCCAGACCCAGGACAUCCAGUGAUGUAUAAGGGGGGUUGGCCGCCCGGAUUGUCAAAUGGUUUCAUGCUCAUACUCCGCGUUGUUAUGAUGUAUUACCACCAGCAGGAGGAAUCGCAGACCCACGCAUCUCCUUUCCUGGAAAAAGAUGUCAACAAGAAACAAAAAAAAAACCAACCACCAAGAGUGGUCUCCUUUAAAAAAUGCUUAUUUUCCUACACAUUUUAUUUAUUUUUAAUUUAAAAACAAAACAAAAGACCAAAAAAAUGAUCAGCGCCUGACGCUUUUUCUCAUCUCGGUGUAAUUGAAAGGGAGAGCAGCACGGCAACUCUUUACUUAUUUCUGAAGCCUCCUAGCGAGGGGCAGGCCGUUGGGAAGGUCCCGGUUAGGAACGGGGAAAGACCUGGGGCCAGCGCUCCCUCAGCCCCACACCACUGAAGUCACUGGGGGUCACCCCAAGUCAAACUCCUAUCAAGUGCGGGGGAAAGUCAGGCCUGGGACGUGUUUAGAGCCCAGCACAGCUCUGAUGCUGAGGGCUCAGGGCAAGCUCGAGAAAAACGUGUACGAUAUUGCUUGCUGGUAGUCUGGGUUUGUUUGGAAUGGUUAAAAAAAUGACCAUAUCCAGGGGGCUUCACUGCCUGAAAGGUGGGUUAGGGGUUUUUGGUGGUGGUGGUGGUGAUUUUUUUAAAACUAUAAUCAGGUUUUGCUCUGCUAUGCAAUAAUAAAAGGGACAUUGUGAGAUGUGGUAACCUGCCAAUAUUUUUCAUGCUAGACCGGUUCAGCAUCACGAGGUUUGGACAGCUCCGUGGGCAGUGGUAGGAGCACAAGUGGUCUGUCUUACGAUUUUAUGUUUAUUUUUGUAAAAAAGCACAUGGAAGUCAAAGAUUUACAUUGGCCCCUUUAAGCUGGGGAAAGGAAAUACGAUCCCGAGUCAGGAACAAAUGAAGGCCAUUCCCCUUCACUUGCUGUCGUAAACAAUUGUAUAGUGUUGCUAUGUGCUGUUCAGCUGCUGCAUUGCACCUCAGAGGAGGCUGCAUUUCAGUGGUGGGUGAAGUGAUGUCUGUAUAUUUAUAUCUCGUUUGUCUGUGAAGCACUUUGAGAACCUGCAAGAUGAAAGGCACUUUAAGGUAUGAUUAUUGUUUAUUAUUAUAAUGUGAGAGUAAAGAGAACUCUUUGCUGAAAGAUAUGUUUACGGUGCAUCAUCAAAUCUAAAGGUGGGAGGAAAGGACCUUUUAGUUUAUCUAGUUAAUCCCCCUGCCAGGUCAAUGAAAGCAGGCAAAGAAAGAGAUGAGGUUUUUUUGACAUCAAAACCUAGGUUAAUCUUUCACUUAUUCCAGUGCAGGUAUAACACAUUGUCUUUAGCAGUAUUGGUAAUAUAGUAUGCUGAUCUCUUAUAGUGGGGGUGGGGUGGGGGUAUAUGAUCCAAAGACUGAUAUUCUGCACGUGGUUGGUUCUUCUAAAGGGAAGCCUACAUCAUCACACGUCUUGCUUCCGAAACUACUAGAUUAAUUUGCUUCAAUAGAGAAGCUACACUAGCCUCACGCUCCUCUACUCUAUCACAUGCUUUGUGGUAUUAGUGAGAAAAUGAUGAAGUGUCCUUCAUCUUGUGCUUUAUUUGGGCCAAGAAGUGGACUAGUGCAUUCCUUUAAAAACAAAAUAGCCUUCAGAGAUAGACAGGGAGUCUGUUCUAUAGGGGAAAUGUCCAGGGUUGCUUCUUAGGUGGGGGUGGAGGGUUGUCUUACCACCUAUUCUCGCAAAGCCCUGCGAGGAAAUUGCUUUGCUGUGAGAUCGAUGCUCCAAAUAUGUUGCUUUCCCUUAGAAAGAAAUCUGUGCUACAACGCCAGACAUAUCCCUCUUUCAAACAAUAGCCCAUUCCGGCAGUAUCAGUCGCAAAACCUGGCCUAGGUUUAUAUUAUAUAAAAAACAACAACGAAAGAGAGAACAUCACCUGUAAAUAUAGUUCCAUGAAGGACAAAGUGUUCGCAUUUAUGUCUGAAUACAGGUGAACCAAUCAUUUCUCUAUGGAGCUGUGCGAUGAAGAUCUCUUUCUAGCUCAGCAAAGCUCAGUGCACAUGACAAACUGUGACUCUCAAAUGCAUGCUUUGGGCCUGGACUUCUUUUCUAGCUCCUAACGGUGUUCCAGCUUUUCAGUUUUUUUACAAGGAGCAACGUACAACAUGCACAAAUUCUAGUCAAUAUUUUUACAAUUUUAUUUCAAGUUUUUGCUGUUCAUUUAUUUAUUAUUCUGUUUCCAUGGUUGCAGACAACCUCCUGCAGUUCCUAAAUGUGCAGGCUCAAUGCAGAGUUAAUUAAAAACAUUUUGAAAUAAUGUUUUUAUACGACUUGAUCUAGAGGGCAAGUUUUUUGUUUCUCUGGGCAGCUCAUUUUGUAUUUUUAAAUCAAAUGUAGCAUUUAAACGUUUGCUCUAGGCAUACAGCUAAAAUGAACAUCUUGCAUUUUCUUGGAUUUCCGAAUGAUUCCCUUUUAUACAGGAUUUUGAUUUCAGAAUUUUCCUCAUAAGGCGUUUAAUGGUGUGAAUGAAAUUUCCUCACUUUCCAGGGAUCUGUAGAUUAAAUAUGACAUAGGUGCAUAGCAAUCAAAGCAAAGUAAUGUUCUUUUAUGGCCCUCAGUGUCAGACACUCAGAGGAGGAGUGUUACUUUGGGAUGUGAUUAGCUAAAAUGAGGAAGUUACUGAUUAUAAACUGCCAUGUAAAAGUCAGAGAUUAUAUGACCAUGUCUUCUAAAAUACUGUUACCUGGCCAAAUCUAUUUCGGGUGUAACUCCACUGAAAUCACUUGGCUAAAUUCAGAUGCUCACAUUAAAUAGUAUCUUACCCUGCUUCAGUGGUGCUAAUUAUGGAAUAGGUGAAUGGAAUUCACUGUGCAAUUCCUUGAGAAUAAGGGUUUCAGGAUCUGGCCCAAUGAAACUACACCCAAGGUAAAUUUGGACCCAGGUCUUUUGGAUAAACAUUUCAAUCUAGUUCUUUCCUUGUGGUUGUCUCAGAGAAGCAACAAGAGAUGUUCAAAAGGGCUAAGUAUGUUUCAUGAAGAAUUUCUAAAACUCUUCAUUUGAAAAUUCACAGAAAAAUUCAAGUUUUCAAAUUCAUAGUUUUCAAUUUUUGAAUUAAAAAAAUCAGGUUUGGGUUUUGUUUUGUUUUUGCCUUUUCACUCCUUUUUUUCUUUCUCCCUCCCUGACCCCACCUUUAUCCGUGGAAAAAAUGAAAAAACGAGGGAAGGACAGGAAAAAGGAGGAUAGAAAAGGAAAAAAACCUGAAGUCCCCCCUCCAAGUUUGUUUUUCAUUGAGUUGUGGAAAUAUCAGAACAUUUCUUCAAAAAUUUGCAGUAUGAAAACAGUCCAUUUUUGUUGGAAAAAGUUUUAAACUAAAUAUUCUGACUAGCUCUACAUUGCAGCACUCUUUGUCAAUAUUUAUUAAGGAGAGCUAGGUUCAUUAUUGGAAAUAUUUACCAAGUUAGUAAAGCUGUAUGCAAGAUGAUGAUACACUGAUGUUCUAUUGUCUUUCAAAGCUGAGUCCAUGGAAUGCGUUGCUACAGAACACUGGGCGUGAUUCUGUUCACUCUCACACCAAUUAAAUCAGGAAGAAGUCCACUGAAGUCAGUAGAGAUACACCAAUAUAGAAUAUCUGGUGGAAGAGGAAUAUGAGAUAAGAUAGGGACUGAUUUAUCAGUGGAUGCUUUGCAGCACUCUAAUGAUGCCAAGCAGCUGUAAACACAGUUUAACUAGUCAGCUGAGCCAAAUUUACAGCUGCUUUGCAUUAUGGGAGUUGCACAAAGCAAUUGGAGUGCACUGGGGAAUGUGGGCCAUUGUUUAUUGGCAAGAAUCCUCCUGUUGGAUUUGGUCCGAUAAAGAAACCAAAACUGACAUAAGCUGUUUGAAAUGCUGAGGUAUUGAGAAGUGAGUCUGCUGUAAUUAUUGUCAUAUUAAUAAAAAUACAAGUCGGUAACAGCAGCUUUACAGAGCAUAAAGGGCAGAUCCUUAGUUGGUGCAAAUUGGCAUAAAUCCUUUGACUUCAGCAAAUCUAAACUGAUUCACACCAUCUGAAGAUUUGACUUACUUUGGAGGGACAACUCAGUAUGUAGUCAAGGUUAUUUAUCCACUAAACAUAUAAUAACAGUGAUCUUCAGCAUCUUUGCAUAUCAGAAAGAACAUUCUGCAGAGCUGUGUGCAUUAAAGUCGAAUGCUUAUUAUCAGGAAGGUUUUGAUUUCUCCUUAGGACCAAAUCCUUGCUUCCUCCUUCCCACUUAUUGAGUAGCACAUGGAUUUUGUUUGACUGUUGUUUAGGUUGCCACCUUGUUCAGAGUGAACUAAUUCAGCUUUAGACAGAUGGACCGUGUCUCAUUGAAACAGUAGGUGAAAACGACCCCCCGUCAUUCCCUCCUGGGGUGGGGUGACUGACUUACCUACCAAAGAUCACUGAUGAGCAGGAGCCCCCAUGCCCAUCUCUGGAGCAGAGCUGGCUGCUUUUUGGAAUAGGAAAAAGAACAAUGCCAGCAAACCCAAGUGCAGGUAGGAAAUCAUGGGCAACAUACAUAAUCAGGGACAUGCCAGAGCCAGGUUCUACGCCCUGCCCGCCCCUGCUGCUGCAUAUUGCUGUCCUCUACAUGAAUGAAAUCUUUCAGUGUGGGGAGUCAACACUACUCAGAUCAGCACUAACCUGUGUAGCAUUUUACCACGGAGUUUUGCUCCAUGUUUAUGGGUGGCAUGCCACACCCAGCAGCCACUUCCCCAGCGCCAGCCUCUCCCAAGCUGUGAAGCCCCAUGUGGAGCUAUUGCUCCUCCCUUCACUUACCAUCAUCACUAUGGCAAAUCCCAAAGGGACAUAGUCUCCUUGCGAAUCAAGUGCCAUCUGUAUUGAUCUUCCCUUUGUCGCCCCAGCCCAGUUCCAGCCAGCUUCCUCUCCUUUCACCGCUGUAAGUGGCAGAGUGGAUUGGCCCCAGUGUCUUUAGCUGAGACACCCUUGAUCCUCAGUCAUUGCUCCCCCUUGGAAAAGCAAGGUUCUCACAUGCAAGCAAAAGGCUUUUUACUGACAAUGAAGAGCCAGAUCCUGAUCUUAGUUACACCAGUAAAACUCCCAGUGACUUCAAUGGAGUUAGUCCAGAUUUACACCAGUGCAAGCAAGUGAAGAAUUUGGCCUCAAGCAAUUGCACAAAAUAUUUAGCACCACCAAAACCCACCCCAGUGUUCUUUCAAAGUGACCAGAGAAACAUGAAUCUGCUUUUAAGUUUUUUCACAUCUGGGUGUCUUGUUUCCCCUUUUCUUUCCAACUACAUGUUUGAUAGCCAGCAGCAUAGUUGUAGGAAGCACUUAUUAAGUUGCUCUUUGUUGGGUUUUUUGAG